AUGAAAACAAAAAUCGCGGUAGCAAAAGGAGAUGGUAUCGGGCCGGAAAUCAUGGACGCAGUCCUGCAUAUUAUGAACGCCGCGGGUACUGACAUUGAAAUCAACGAAAUCGAAAUGGGCUUACCCUUCUAUGAACAGGGAUAUUCAUCCGGUAUGACGAACAAGGCAAAAACGAUCAUUGAAGAAACGGGGAUAUUGUUCAAAGGACCCAUGGAAACGCCGAAAGGCAAAGGGAAUGAAACGUACACUGUUUCAGUAGCUGUUGGUGUUACGGACUAUACGAAAGACAUGAAAACGUUCAUGAAAAAGAUACAUGCCGUAACCGACGGUGCUUUUGUUUUGUCGUGGCCAACAAAUGGUUUAAGAAUGGCAUUACGCCGAUAUCGAUACACUACACCAGUUUAUCACUAUAAUGAAGCAGACAUCCGGCGCUUGCAUGAAAACCUUUCACUCCAGUCCCUGGAAAUAGUACCUAUGCAGGGAGGGCACAUGAGUAUAGCCAGGAAGUGA